CUCUCACAAAAGCAGAAACUCGCCGGCCAAAGGUUCCGGGUCCGAAGUCAUUCUCGCCAAAGCAGCCAAAGCUGGUCCCUCCACGGAACGACACCUCCGCUGCUACCGCAACAAGAACCUCCUUACAAAUGGGCCUCUUCGACACCAUCUCAGCGACCCUACGACGGACCGCUCACCCUUCAAACACUUGGUUCCGUCGCGCCGUCGUGGGAAUGCUAGGCAUAGCAGCCUUUGCGAAUGUCUUGUCGCUGUUCCGCGCCAUCCGAAGCACCGACUCGUUUAGCGAUGUCAUGCGGAAUCCCUGGCCCAUGGCCGCUUUGCUGGAUGCUUAUGCGUAGGGUACCCGCCAACAUUUUGUUUGUCGAGGGAGGAACUCAAAUCGGGUAGCUAACGUGGAUGUUCCCAAUUCCAUCUUACCCCGGCGAAUGCAGCGGACUGAUACUAGCAGGAACCUACAUCUGGGCACACUCCCAAUUCGGCAUCGCGCUCCUCGUCCCCUCGCUCGUCCUCAGCCCCUCAAUUCCGCUCGGCUACGCAGCUCUUAAUUUCAAAGAUCUGCUCCCAUUCAACCCCGGCACCGCUCUAUCACCUAACCGACCCCAGGUUCUGGCCUUACGCGGUCUAGCCUCUGCAGGAGCCGCAAUUGUCGGUACCGCCCUCCUCAACGCUUGGAUACGGCAGUCACCAUCGAAAGGUUGGGAACGGAUGGCGGGGAAUAAAUGGAGCGGGGCCGUGUUUGUUGCAGACGUGGCUGGGAUGGUCUUUGCGGCCGUCUAUGUUGCGGCGAGGGAGGAGUGGAGGUGGAGGGUUGUUAUCCCGAUUUGGGCUGCCGUAUUUUUUGUGGGGAAUGGGGCUGCGUGCGUCUACGUGGUCUUAUGCACCUUCGGCACGACUUCACUCCAAGAAGCAUUACUAGUAGGCAAACCAGUGGUCGGAGCGCGAUGGCCGUUCGUCAAUACUAUGGUUGGAGAAGGAGGGCAUUAUGCGCAAUUGGAUGAGGGACUGGACGUGUGAGUAUGAGUGGAGAAGGCGAUGAGCGUGUCUGAAACUGUCACAGAGGCUGGUGGGAGGAGUUAGAUGGUCGCGAGGGAGGGGUUGCAACAUUUGUGAUGGAACGGCCAUGAGGUCCAGACUUCGCGCCGAUGCGGAGGGUUCGAGGUUGCUCACACCUUUCCCGCUGAAAUCUAUUAUUCACAAAUGCUCUUGAGAAUAAAUGGCGCCCUUCGCAGCUUCUUGUACUG